AACGAAACAAAAACGAAAACAAAUAUCGAAAUUGUUUUUGAGUUUGACAGCAGAAUAGUAGGGUGAGAAUUUUAAUUUGGCGUAUGAGUGUUUGUUUUUUUGUGAGUGCAUUUAACUGGAAAAUAAAGAGCCGCAGCAGGUGCAACAGCAGCUGCUCGUUUGGCUAAAGCCCUUAACCCAGUGCAUAGCUUGCAUAGAUCGCAUCAGUUGGCAUUUUGAACCCGGUAUGUUACGUUUACUGCUGCUUUUUUACUGCGGCGCACUGGCCGUGGUGAUGCAUCAUGAUGAUCCGGAACCGGAUCGCCACAAUUACAUUUGGAAUCCAUUUAGCGCUUUCUGUGGCCCCAAUGCCACCAGUGUGCGCUGCGGCGGCGUCUGCCCCGAGACCUGCUCCCACAAAUCCCGCAGUUGCAGUCACCACUGUGGUGUGCCCUGUGUCUGCAAGGCCGGCUACGUGUUUAGCGUGUCCCUGCUGAAAUGCAUUCGGCGCAGCGACUGCCCCCCGGGUGAACAGCAGCAGGAGGUGCAAACGCAUCGCGUGUUUCAAUAAAACAACCUCAAAUUCAUAGUACUUGAGACUUGCUCAAAAUUAAUAUGGCUCAAGAUAUAAACUUUGUCCAAUAUUUUUUCUAAUUAAACUAAACGAGGCUUUCCUCUUUCAAUGCAAUAUUAA